AUGGGUGCCCUCUUUUUGGACAAAGGCUUCACCGAGGAGCAGCUCGAUUCCAUCGAAGCCAAAGACCAGGAGCUGCGCAGUGUGGCGGAUUUGGCGGCGGGCGCCAGCUCCGAGGAGGAUGCCCGUGCCUGGGCUGAGGAGCUGGGCCUCAGCGGGCGUGUGGCGCGGAGCCGCUUUGUGCAGCCAGGGGCACAGCGAACGUAG